CAAUAAUGGUCGUUAAAGUUCUCCACUCUCCAUGGCCUGGGACAACCUGGUUAAUUUCAUUCAUUUCGUUCAUUCGUUUUGAAACUUUCAAAAUGUUUGUUGUCAUUUUUUUUGGAAGUUGUGCAAAAUAAAACUUUUCAAGCAAAGUUAUUUGUUAUUUCUUAUAAAACAAUACACUUUUUUGUCAACUAUAAAACAAUAACAUCGUAUGGCGAAGAAAGAUAAUGAAUUAUGAGCAGUUCUUCAUCGUCCAAAAUACCGGCUUUAGCUGAAUGUGUUCUUCUGCAAGUGGAAAAUCGCAUUAAAGAAUCGGAAAACAAACAACGGUUUUCCCGCGCAUAAAUUUCUGCCCUUGCCGAUCGUUUAAACAUCAAGUUAUUGAAAGGAAGGCUCAGAUUCUCUGUAAGCACGUAUUGGCGGCGAGAAUAGCACAAAUAUUGGGCAGGACUACUGACCACGAGGUAACUGGAGACCAGUACCUGAUGCUAUUGCGUUCUAUGUACAAUAUUGAAGAGAAUCAUGGAUGAAGGAACUUCACAAUACUAUUUCACAGCUUCUAUGGACUCCGGGAAAACAUUAUGCAGCUUGUUGAAGGCAAUACAGUUUCAAGAGAAUGCAGUAUUCUGUGCCUUACCAGAGGGCCUCAAACUGACCGUGGAAGAAGGCAAGUGUGUGCAAGCAUCUGCCUAUGUCCCCUCAGAUAACUUCACUGAGUAUCAUGUUAGAGAUGAUGUGGAUGUCAUGUUCAAGAUCAGUAUAGCAGUCUUAUCAGAAUGUCUGAACAUAUUUGGUUCUGGUGAAGAGUCCAGUUUGAAGAUGUAUUACAGAGGUGAAGGAUCACCUUUACUAUUAGUGUUACAACCCCAAUCUGUCCACAAUGUGAUGACGGACUGUGAGAUAUCCACACAAACUGCAGACUCUGUCCUAGAGCUUCGAGAUGAGGAUGCUGAAGAAGUCGCUAAGCUUGUGCUGAAGGCCCCUGCCUUUUUAUGUCUGCUGGCUGACUUGGAGAGAUCCUGUGAAGUAUUUGAGCUGAACCUGUCACCUGACCAUCCUAAUGUCAGCAUUGUUACUUAUGGCAUGCAGGACAGAUCAUGCAUUGACAUGCCGAAGUCCUCGGACAUGGUCCAGAGUUUUACCUGUGAAUCACCUGUCACGUUGAGGUAUCAGCUCAAUCACAUAAGAACCAUUAUGAAGGCACUCGCAAUAUCUACCAAGGUUGUAUUAAGAUGCAGCUCAAAUGGCCUUAUGCUCCUCCAAUUAAAAUUAGAAAAAGAAGACCAAAGGCAAAUGUUUUCCGAAUUUUAUAUUGUUCCAUUACUUGAUGAUUAGCAUUGUUCUUUAGGUUCUAAGGAUAAUUUUAUAAAUAAAAAACAAAUUGCAAAAUAUAUGACUAUAUUUCGUUCUCCAAAAAUUACAUACAACUUAGAGGAAUGUUUGUUAAGUUUACACUGGUUGAACUGUUAUGAGUACAUACAAUAAAUUGUCAAUACGACUUA